UAGAAGCUUGACUUGACGGCUGUUGGCCGAGCGUAGUGAACUUGUUAUUCGCUUUGAAAGUAAAUUAUUUUGCGUUCUAACGUUUUAUGAUAAUGAAAACUGUGUUAAAAUCUUAACCAUGUUGAGUCAAACUUCUACCGAGGCGUUGCUCUCAGCAACGUAUGUAGAAAAUUACUUGGAUUGUGUCGAAAAUCUUCCGAAUGACCUGCAACGACAUUUAUCGCGUAUGCGUGAGCUUGACGUAACAUACAGAGAAUGUCUCCGUGAUGCUGAAAACCACCUGACAGUUUGCAUCGGGCCCAACACAGAGGAGCGCCGCCGCAGCCGAGCAGCCCUGAGACUGCAAGCAGCGUUGGUCGCUGCCAAGGAGAUAGGAGAUGAGAAGCUGCAAGUGGUACAACUGUUGCAAGACCUCAUUGACAACAAACAGAGAUCUCUAGACGGGGACAGGAAGAAACUUAUAUCAUGCCUGGACGUGAACACAAAUGGCACAGUGAAAGAAGAGCCCGCCGCGCCUUCGGAGUCACACCGGGGCGGAGACAAGGACAGCUCCCCGCUCCCCGCGCCGCACGCCGCCCCGCCGCCGCCGCCCGACCGAGGGGCGGACAAGGAGAAAGAGAAAGUAGAUAAGGACAAGAGUGGAGGUGAAAGGUGGUCGAAGCGCGCGCGGCGGUCACGGACCGGCGCCGGCGCAGCCACCGACGGCGCGGACUCCAGCGAGCGCGACAGCGAGCGUCCGCAGCAAAACACGCAACAGAAGAAAGGCAUAGGCAAGAAGAAGAAACGCAAAGCGCGCCAAGCGGCGCAGCGCUCGGAGACCCCGCCGGAGGAAGCGGACGCCAUCGACCCCGACGAGCCCCGCUACUGCCUCUGCGACCAGAUCUCCUUCGGCGAGAUGAUCCUCUGCGACAACGACCUCUGCCCCAUCGAGUGGUUCCACUUCUCCUGCGUCUCGCUCACCACCAAACCCAAAGGCAAGUGGUUCUGUCCCAAGUGCCGCGGAGACAGACCCAACGUAAUGAAACCUAAAGGUCAAUUCCUCAAAGAGCUGGAACGGUAUAACAGGGAAAAGGAAGAGAAGGCAUAGUGUCUGUUGUCGAUGAGAGGAUGUAAAUGAGAAUGAAUUCUAUGAGCUCCCCAGCAAUAAAGUUGGUAUUUUGAAAAUGAUGAUUUCUCAUGUCCAGAGCAAUUUUCCAGAUUUUCUUAUAGACUUGGAUGAUAUAUCGAACAAAGCUACAGAUACAACUUUUCCAAAUUCAUUUAUCUUUGAAAUCAAAGAUGUUUACUUUCAUUAAAUGUAAUUAGCUAGAAUCUCUCCUUAUGAAUUAAAUAUGCAUAAAUUCAUUACAUAAAAAACAAGUGGUUAAUAUUGUGAGAAACAUAAAAUACAAGAUACACAACAGCCUAGUGCAAUCAUAGCUGACUUCAAGCUGGUUUUUAGCCAGAUUGGGAGAAAUAACAGAAGGUUUUUCGACUCUAGUCCAAUGCUGGUCUCACUAGAGAAGAAAAAGUAAUGACAAAGUUGUACAGGAUAAUAUUUAAGUUAAAUGAUGCAUUCUCAUUAAAAUCCAAGAGCAGACACAGUCCGCCUACACUUUGAGAGUAUUAUUGUUUCAAAUGUGAUUUAAAUUUGUGAAAAUUUGUAUGCUACGAGUGACAACAUGCAAGUACAUAAAUGAAAAUAAAUUAUUUAGAAGAAUCUCUAUGUUGAAAAUUUUAUCGGUGUGAAAUGGGACAUUUUUAUUAAACUAUUGAAUUUUAAUAACAGUGUUCUGACUAAACAGAUGUUGUAUAUAUAAUUGUAUUUUCUAAUUAUUGUGGAUUUAACGCAGUCCUGCAUUUUGACAACUUCAAUUGUACAAUACCGGUUUUAUAUUAUCAUACAUAUUGAACUUCAAAAAAGAAUAUUCCUCUCUAUCAGAAAUUCCAUACAAUUUUUUAAGUGAUGUGGAAAUUAGAAAUCCUUUACAUGUUUUUUUCCUUUACAAACUUGUCAAAUCUUUAUAAACUCACUUUCCGAAGCUCAAUGUGUACUGUUCUGAUGUUAGGAAUGAUGGUUGUAUUGUAAUAGUUGUUGCCAGAAGCGAAGCGACUACGCACAUUCAUGCAGCAAGCACCCUACAAUGUGAUACUCGUUUUAUUCAUAAUUUAAAUUGAUGUAAAUAAUGUAAGGCGAAUUAAAUGCGCGUAGUCUGCUCUCCCGUUGGAUUCGUUUGUAUUGAUAAGUUUAAUAUAAGUUUUAAGAAUGA